CACGGGCUGAUUCGCGCUCGCUUUCUUAACCAAUAAAAAGAAUUCAAGCCCCGGAUUCUAUAGAGAGGGGAAAAAAAAGAAUUGACUUUGAUCUUAUUUCUCCGUUCGGGUUUCGUUUAUAUAUCGACUACCCGUUUUUGUCUUCUAUUGGUCCGAUUGAAACUCCAUCUCAUCCGAAAAACAAAAAGAUCCCCCACUCUCAAGCAAUCCUAGGUCGCAAUGGCGAGCCACAUUUUCCGCAUCUUCAAGCCUGAAGAGAGCAAGCAAGAUCGCGCCCAGCGCCGCCGCGAUCAACUCCGGGAUGCCCAGAAGACCUACCGUGACCGCAAGACCAGAUAUGUCAGGUCACUCGAGAAUGAGCUCUCGAGGGUUAGGAGCAACGAGGCUCAUCUAAUGCGUCAGGUUGAACAGCUACGUAAUACCCUGCAGUCGUGCACAACAGUGAUGCGCCAGACUGGUCUGUACGUGCCGCCGGGUGGGUCGGAUAUCGGGUCGCCAGGUGGAUUUAUAUCACCAUAUGGCAACGUAUACGAAACAGAGUCGAGUGGACAGUCAAGCGCAUUUGGCACCGAGUCUGACCGCUGCUCUCCAUUUUCACACCAGAGUGGCGUCGUCUCCAGCCCGCCGCAGGAUCCCCUCUCGAUUCAGCAGCGACUGAACCAGCAUCAACAUAAGCACGGCAAUCAUUCCUCCCCGAAUAGCAGCGGCACGUCCGACGUGUGUCUGGGCGGUUGGGAUCCUGCUGGUGCUCCUCUACCCGCUCCGGGCGUUCGUGUGUGCGAUGUAGACCUUGUGGGAGCCGGCAUGGACUUUGUCUUGACAAUUGAGCGACCAUGUCUAGACCAUCUACAUGGCGACCCGACCAAACCCGACGAGCCCGACGGCCACGCCCUCACUGUCUCAUCCUGCCUUAUCACGGCUUCGACAGGUAGCAACAAUGGCAACGGUCAAGGUAACGCAUUCAACUUCAGCAACCCAUCGUCGACGUCAUCGUGGCCAGCCCAGUCACCGUCCCAGCCCGCUUGCGGAAUGAUGUGCCAGGAUGUGCCGACCGCCGUCAUGGACAACUUACUUAACCUGUCGGGCGAGCUUGUCGACUCGGACCACGAAGUCACGCCCGUGCAGGCCUGGCACUACAUCCGGUCGCGGCCGCAAUUUGACGGGCUCGAGGUCGGGGUGCUGAGCAAGUUUGCAAGCAAGCUUAGGGAUGCUGUCAAGUGUCAUGGUUUUGGUGCCGUGAUUGAGCGAACAAAAUUCGAAAGCCUUGUUCGGCGUUUUCUGCUGGACAUGAACCAUUUUUGAAGAUGGUGUGCAAAUGAGAAAAGGAAAGCAGAUACAUAACUUGAUAAGAUUAAAAAGCAACGUAAAAAGUUGUACUGACUUAUCCUAAGUCACCAUAUAAAGAUUCACAAUUGAAACAACUCCCAACGGUGCCCCUUAAAGCGCUACACUGAGUGUUUCGUUUCACAUCUCCAGCAGUCAGUCUCCUCGGGAUCGUAAGCAUCGGAUUUCCACUGGUUUUCUUGGCAACCCAAAAGUCAGAUGAUCUUGUAUUUUUAUGGAUGGAUAUUGGUCACUAGCUAGCUCGAUCACCUUGCUGUACAGGCCUCUGUACUUUGUACUCUGUAGAGUAGGGGUAAGGUAUGUA